AUGGCCAAGUUUGAGCCUCUUGACUGGAAGACAUUCCGCAAUGUCAUCAAUGGCAAGCUCGAGUCCACAAAGCAGACUCGUCAUUCUACCAACCCUGCAACCGGAGAGGAUGGCCCAGAAGUCCCAGUGUCAACCCGUGAAGAUGUUGACCGCGCAUGCGAGGCUGCAACAGAAGCUGGCAAGUCAUGGUCCAAGGUUCCAUGGGACGAGCGCAGGAAGGCACUCGAGGCCUAUGCCGACGCACUGGAGGAAGAGAAGGAGAACUUUUCACAGAUGCUCACUUCAGAGCAAGGAAAGCCGCUGAUGUUCGCACGCGCCGAGCUCGACGCCUCUGUCCACUGGAUCCGUAGCAUUUGCAAGCUUUCCAUCCCAGAAGAGACCUACGAUGAAGAGAACAAGACCAUAGUCGUGCGCUACGUUCCCCUCGGUGUUGCCGUCGGUAUCGUGCCCUGGAAUUUCCCUAUGCACCUCGCUGUUGGCAAGAUUGCCCCUGCGCUCUUGACCGGUUGCACCAUGAUCGUCAAGCCAAGUCCUUUCACCCCAGCUGGAGGUCUGAAGCUGGUCGAGUUGGCACAGAGAUUCUUCCCGCCUGGUGUGCUACAAGCACUCAGUGGAGGAGAUGAUCUGGGUCCCAUGUUGACCAGCCAUCCCGUUCCAGCCAAGAUUAGUUUCACAGGAAGUACCUUCACGGGCAAGAAGGUCAUGGAGAGUGCGAGUAAAACGUUGAAGAGGGUGACACUCGAGCUUGGUGGAAACGACCCAGCGCUCGUAUUCGAGGACGUCGAUGUUGACGAAGUCGCAAAGAAGAUCGCCACAUUGUCCUUCUUGAACUCUGGCCAGAUCUGCUUGGCUCUCAAGCGCAUUUUCGUCCAAGAAAGCAUUGCCGACAAGUUCCUCCAGGCCCUCGUCGGUCCCGGCAACCAGCCCGACGUCUUCCUCGGCCCGGUGCAAAACUCCAUGCAAUACGAGCGCGUCAAAGGCUUCAUCUCCGACAUCGAAAAGGAGAAUUGGAAAGUCGCUACCGGUGGCAAGGUCCCCUCCGGCCCAGGCUACUUCAUCACACCCACCAUCAUCGAGCGCCCAGACUCGAAAUCAAGAAUCGUGGUCGAAGAGCCCUUUGGCCCCAUCGUGCCCUUCCUCACCUUCACUGACGAAGCCGAUGCCAUUGCGCAGGCCAACAACACCCCCAUGGGCUUGGGCGCUAGCGUUUGGUCGAAGAAUAUCGAGCGUGCGAACCGCGUGGCGAGGAAUAUCGAGGCGGGUAGUGUUUGGGUCAACACACACUUGGAGCUGGACCCUCGUGUGCCGUUUGGAGGACACAAGGAGAGUGGUGUCGGCGCGGAGUGGGGUGUUGGUGGGCUGAAGAGCUACUGCAAUGCCCAGGCUUUGUAUCUGGGUAAGGCAUAG